AAGGCCACACUGCCGUAUUCCGGAGGUAUACAGUCCUCGUUUCUCUUUGCAAACACGCGCACAGACUCGUCGGAGGGAUGGAUUUUCAAGUGGUGGUGUUAGCUGGCGGAUUUUCGAAGGCCUUGGUUCCUCUAGUGUCGAAGGAUGUGCCGAAAGCGCUUCUUCCGGUGGCGAACCGGCCUGUUCUGUCGUAUGUUCUCGAGCUUCUCGAACGGAGCGGGCUAAAGGAUGCCAUUGUGGUUGUUGAAGGGGAGACCGCUGCUCUACUAAUAAGUUCUUGGAUUUCUAGCGCUUUUGCCGAUCGGUUAAAUGUUGAGGUGACUGCAGUUCCUGAGGAUGUUGGUACCGCUGGUGCUCUUAGAGCUAUUGAUCACCGGCUGAGCGCAAAGGACAUCUUGGUUGUGAGUGGUGAUCUAGUAAGUGAAAUCCCCCCUGGGGCUGUGGCUGCUGCCCAUAGACGACACGAUGCUGUUGUUACUGCGAUGCUUUGCUCUGUUCCUGCUAGUGGACCAUCAGAUUCAGGUUCAUCUGGUGCCAAGGACAAAUCCAAGAAACCCGGGCGCUAUAACAUCAUUGGCCUUGAUCCGACUAAGCAAUUUCUAUUGCAUAUAGCAGCUGGAACUGAAGUUGAAAAGGAUAUUCGUGUUCAAAAGAGCAUUCUUCGAGCAGUUGGCCAGAUGGAAAUUCGUGCUGAUUUGAUGGAUGCUCAUAUGUAUGCAUUCAAUAGAUCUGUACUGCAAGAUGUCCUUACUCGGAAAGAAAAGUUCCGAAGUUUGAGGCUUGACGUAUUGCCUUUUCUUGUUAAGAGCCAGCUGAGAUCUGAAAUAAUGUUAAAUGGUGCACAAUCAGACGAAAAUGGCAAUGGCAAUGUCAAUGAUGCGCUCCAGAACAGUAAAGUCUUGCUUUCUCAACUUUUGGCUAAUGCACCAAGUUUUCACGAAAUCUAUUCUCUGGGGCGGGCUGGCUCUGCUCCCGCUAUUAGGAAGACUCACAAAUGUUGUGUUUAUAUUGCUGAUAAGAGCAAGUACUGUGCACAAUUGAAUUCGAUUCAAGCAUUCAGUGAUAUAAAUAGAGACGUAGUGGGAGAUGCAAAUCAUCUGUCAGGUUACACUUUUUCUUCCCAUAACAACGUAAUUCAUCCCUCCGCUGAACUUGGAUCUAAGUCCACGGUCGGACCACAAUGCAUGCUGGGAGAAGGUUCCCAGAUGGGCGACAAAUGCAGCGUAAAGAAAUCUGUUAUUGGCCGUCAUUGUCGAAUAGGUUCUAAUGUGAAGAUUGCCAACUCUGUUGUCAUGAAUCACGUCACUAUUGGGGAUGGCUGCUCGAUUCAAGGCUCCAUUAUUUGCAGCAACGUGCAGCUUCAAGAGCGCGCCGUGUUGAAGGAUUGUCAGGUGGGACCGGGCUUUGUAGUCACUGGUGGCAGUGAAUACCGGGGAGAAUCCUUGGCCAAGAAGGAAAAAUGAAAACAGGGUUGGUUUUAAGUGGAUGAUAAAAUGAGAGUUAUUCAUGGUUGAUUAUGCCAUUGGCAGGGUAUUAAUUAGGAAAUGCACUUUAUAAUCUUAAUGAAGGUGGAUUCACCGCAGCACUGACAAUAAACGGUAUUAUUACAGGCAGCAUACCAUGUGUAUUCAUAUAAAUACAAAUACAACACAAUGUUAUAGUCUUACACCGCACAAGCAAUAGUUGAUUUUAUCACAUUGCAUAUUGUUAUACAGUAAACUUGUAAUUAUGAACCAAUAAUACAAAUACACCACAUGAACUAACAAGACAUGCUAUAG